CUUAUUUUCUCUAAAAGAGGGAUGCGGGGAGGGACUCCUGACAUAGAGCCAUCCUGCCCCUGACCCCAGCCCCGCCUGCGGUUCCCAGGAGACCAAGAGCUUCCGGAGAGUGUGAGACAGCUUCCAGACCGGAGUGUGACUCUCAUGAGACUCCUGGUUCUUUCCAGGGGUCAGGCAAGCAUCCCUGCGUCCAGCCCUACACACCAAGUCCUUCCUUCCCCAGGACAUGCCACCUAAGAGCAAAGAAAAAAGGAGAAAAACUGGCGCACAGAAGAAAAAACAGAGUCCGGGUGCCGGGGCUGAGCAGGGAGGACACACAGCGGUGACGUCAGCAGACUUUGUCAUCAGGGAUCAAUGGAUUGGUCCUCUGAUCUCAUGCAAGAGCAAGUCCAGGGGGUAAGACUGCCUGAGACCGUGGUAAACUAAGUCAAGCUUUACCAACUUGUCAGGACAGAUGUGGAGGCCGAGGCCAAGCACAGGCUGGUGUUUCUGGAGAAGGAGCUGCUCCAAGACCACUUGGCUAUGUGGAGGGAUGAGGCCCGCCGAGCCAAGGCUUCUGAAGACCAGCUGAAGCAGAGGUUGCAAGCACUGGCAGCUGAACUGGAAGGUGCCCGAAGCGAAGGGAAGGCCGUAUUUGCAGAGAUGAGCCGCCAGCGCCGGACCCUGCAGGAGGAGAUGGAGGCCCGCAGCAAGCAGCUGGAGGAGGAAGUGAGGUGCCUGCAGGAGCAGCUAGAAACCUGCCAGACGGAGGCUGAGGCUUCGAGGAAAGAAAAUGAGCGAGCCCUUCGAGAACGAGACCAAACGCUGGCUCAGCUUCGGGCCCAUGUGACAGACAUGGAAGCCAAGUACGAGGAAAUCUUAGAUCCUGGACCUGGUCCUGGCCAAGCUGAGAGCCAUCAAGCCUCAGUGGGACGAGGCUGCGCUGAGACUCCAUGCCAGGCACAAGGAGCUGCUGCACCAGUUUGGUCUCAACCCCCUGGAUCUUUGAGGCCACUGGCCUCUAAUUUCCAAGGCCCAGCAAUAAAGUAUCUUGACGUAGAACUCAGCAGGGCUGUGGGCUUGGCCUCUGGUGGGGAGGAGGCACGAUUCAGUUCUGAGUUGACCCAUUAUCCCAAAGGCUGAGUGACAGGAGAGAAACUGACAGAAACGGUAUCCCAUCCCUUCAGCCUAGGUCCUUGGUGAUUCCUUCAAACUA